AGGUCCCUGGAGAGCCAGGCUGAGACUCUCCCGACGGCUGCAGCCCCUGGGAAGUGCUGGAGCUGCCCGUCCCCAUGGAUCUCCUGGGAGUAGGGACCCUCCUGCUGGCCGUCUUCCUGGCCGGCCUCCUGCUCCUCUCCUCUUGGCAGCAAAUGCGCCGAAGGGGCAAGAUGCCCCCUGGACCCACGCCCCUCCCCCUGAUUGGGAACCUGCUCUGGAUAGACCGAAACAACCUGCCCAACUCACUCAUCAAGCUGAGCGAAAAGUACGGGCCGGUCUACACGCUCCAGCUGGGGCCCCGGCGCAUCUUGGUGCUGUGCGGCUAUGAGGCCAUUAAGGAGGCCCUGGUGGACCAGGGGAACGAGUUCCGGGACCGUGGCCAACAGGCCACCUUUGACUGGAUCUUCCAGGGCCAUGGAGUUGCCUUCAGCAAUGGGGAAAAGGCCAAACAACUACGACGGUUCUCCAUCAUGACCUUACGGAGUUUCGGGGUGGGAAAGAGAUCCAUUGAAGAGCGGAUCCUGGAGGAAGCCCACUUCCUGCUGGAAGCCCUGAGGGGCACAAAAGGAGCCCCCUUUGACCCCACCUACUUCCUGAGCCGCUCCGUGUCCAAUGUCAUCAGCUCCAUCGCCUUCGGCAGCCGCUUUGACUACGAAGACCAGGAGUUCCUCUCUUUGCUGACCGCAAUACUGGAAAUUUUUCGUUUCAGCUCCUCAGCCCGGGGACAGCUCUUGGACAUCUUGAAAGCGCUAUUGCUUCGGGGAACAUCUGGCACGUGCGGAGCUCUUCCUCUUCCUCACCAGCAUCCUUCAGCAUUUCCGCUUCAAGUCAGCUGUGCCCCCUGAAGACAUCGACCUCUCCCCAAUGUUGGUGGGGUUUGGCACGAUCCCACGGAUCUAUGAGAUCUCCGUCAUCCCCCGCUGAGGGAGGGGCCCUCUGGACCCUUUGCAAGGUCCCUUCCUGCAUCUCCCGUCACCUUGCCAACUUCCUCUGGCUGCAGGAGAUGCCCUCUAAGGAGAUGGCUCUCUUGCUGAGGGCACCGCAGCUACCUCUCCAUCUCCCGGGAGCCUGGCACCUACGGGCACCCUGUCACCUUCAUUCUGUUCCAACUCAUGUACCCCAACCUCUGUGCCCUCCAGCAGCACCUUCAGAACGUCUUUGGGGGGGCAUGGAAUUCCGCUCGUGUUCAGGUCUCCCCCUUUCUCCCCACAUUCUGAAGUCCUCUGGAUGCUGAAGGUGCUACUGAAGUUAGAAACAUUCACCAUUAAAUGCUGUUGGUACUCCAGGAGCAGCUUGGCUGAGCUGGGAAACAUAUCCUGGGAUGCCCACCUCACUUGGGGCAGGCUGGUCUCUGGGACGGGCAAGGAGGCAGAAGCAGAGAGCCUGGUUCAGCCCCGCCUCUCUCCUGUGAAGUUGGCAACUCGGAUGGGCUUCUGGCUUGCAAAAUCUCCUCUGUAUGUUGCCUUGCUUUGUAUACAAAUAAACCUUCUUUGCCAACCUAAAAUGGCAGCGGAGGCCAAGUUCAGGGGUCCUGUGCCAGAAAGCAGGGCUGCCCCUUCAAUGGGCAGCUUUUUCCUCACAGAAACUGUAAGGUGGCACCUUGAACAGCUGGUUCUAUACGUUGCCCUUUGCUUGUGCUGUGCCUCCCGAAAUAAACUCCACUCCUCUCAG